CCUAUCCUUUCUCUCUGUGUCGCGGCGUUGGGUUGGAGCCGCUAUCCCUGGUCUGGCACGUUCCCUUAAUUUUUUGUGUUAAAUUUGAUGCCCCCCUUUUUUUAGAUUCGACCAUUUGCGACGGCAUUUAAAAUACAUACACGGGCAUCUCCGUACCGGUGUUUCUUUUUAUAAGCAUUUGUCAAAUAUACAAUUUAUCCUGUAAAAUGGCGGUGUUAAGCGGGUCGUCUGGGCCGGUUGCCCGGCUUGAGGGCCGUGAAUUCGAAUACUUGAUGAAAAAGCGCUCGGUGACUAUCGGUAGGAACUCGUCUCAGGGCUCCGUGGAUGUGAGCAUGGGUCAUUCCAGUUUUAUUUCUCGAAGACAUCUCGAAAUAUUCACUGUUAGUGACGAUAGCACUGGUGGUGGAGACUUCUACUUGCGAUGCCUCGGCAAAAAUGGGGUGUUCGUGGAUGGAGUGUUCCUCAGACGGGGUGCCCCUCCUCUACAACUACCACGAAUGUGCACUUUCAGGUUUCCCAGCACAAAUAUCAAGAUCACAUUCACAGCCCUGUCCAGUGGAAAGAGGGAGAAGCGUGAGGCGCCUGAGUCUCCAGUAAAACCAGUCCACAUCUCUCCACUCACCAUAAACAUUCCAGACAACAUCGCCCACCUCAUAAGCCCCCUGCCCUCACCCACCGGCACCAUCAGUGCUGCCAACUCGUGCCCCUCCAGUCCCAGGGGAGCGGGCUUUUCCGGCUACAGGAUGGGUCGCAUCGUCAGCUCUGCAGAGCUACAGCUCAUAAACGACAACUCCCAGUCAGAGAACGACAAGGAGGCCUCAGGAGGGGACAGCCCCAAGGAUGAUUCCAAACCGCCAUACUCAUAUGCGCAACUGAUUGUCCAAGCCAUUACAAUGGCACAGGACAAGCAGCUCACACUAAACGGAAUAUACACUCACAUCACCAAAAACUACCCCUACUACAGGACUGCAGACAAAGGCUGGCAGAACUCGAUCCGUCACAAUCUGUCACUGAACCGCUACUUUAUUAAAGUAGCCAGAUCGCAGGAGGAACCAGGCAAGGGCUCGUUCUGGAGGAUAGACCCAUCCUCAGAGGGCAAGCUCAUGGAGCAGGCCUUCAGGAAACGAAGGCCGCGGGGUGUGCCCUGCUUCAGGACCCCCCUCGGACCCCUCUCCUCCAGGAGUGCCCCAGUCUCCCCUAAUCACUCUGGGGUGCUCUCGGCCCACUCGAGUGGGGUGCAGACCCCUGACAGCCUAUCCCGAGAGGGUUCCCCUGUCCCCAUGGAACCAGAGCCCGCUCCGGCCCCACCCCCUGGCACGGCAGUCCAGCCCAAACUAGCUGUCAUCCAGGAGGCCCGCUUUGCACAGAGUACACCAGGCUCCCCUCUCAACAGCCAGCCGGUGCUCAUCACAGUUCAGCGUCAGUUACCUCAGACCAUAAAGCCGGUGACCUAUGCUGUGGCCACGCCUGUGACUACCAGCACCAACCAGAACCAGCAGCCCGUCAUGCAGACGGUGCACGUUGUCCACCAGAUCCCUGCCAUGUCUGUCACCAGCGUGUCCGGGCUCAGCACCGCCAACACCUACACAGUGGCCACCCCCACCAUGGUCACCCUCCAGACUGAGCCCCAGGAGAACGGAGACUACUCAGAGGCCAAAGUAAAAGUAGAAUCUGUUCCAACCAUCACCCACGCCUCUAUAGGCGGUGGCAGUCGCAUCAUCCAGACGACCCAGUCGGCCACGCCCUUUAAGACGCUGACCUUAGUGCAGCAGCAGCCGGCCCUGGGCCAGCACCAGCUCCCCAUAAAGACCAUCGCUCAGAACGGCACCCACCUGAUGCCAAUGCAGGCCGCUGCAGCCACAGCUGUUGCGAGUCCUCUCCACUUGCUGGCCACUCACGCCUCCGCUUCAGCCUCCCUCCCGACCAAACGACAGAACGGAGCCCAGGCGGCCAGCGAUCAGCCCAACGCUAAGCGCAUCAAAACAGAGGAAGGGGACAGCGCCACCCCCACCGCAACACGCGUAGCAGAUACGGACUCGUCGGCAGCCAAUGACCAAGCCAGCCACCACAACUAGUCUUCUACAACAACACCACCAUCUUGUUUGUUUUUUUUCUCCUUUCCUACCAUUUAUUUCCCCCUUCUUCCAUUGACUCCCAAGGUGCCAAAAGGAGAGGAUUUUCAGUUGGUUUAACUAUUGUAGAGGAUUGGAAAAUAUGACCACCCCUUUAAAAAAAAAAAAGACUGAAGAGAAUAUUUAGUUGAGAUUUGAAAAAAGGACCACUAGGACAAAGUAGAACUCUAAUUUGAAGGUACCCCUGUGAGACAUCGCCACGGAGGAGGAUUACGACUACUCCAAGACCACAGGAAGCCUUAACAACAAUUAACCUUUAACAUGAUGAGCUGAACUUUGACCACCUGCAGCGAGCAGUUUGACUGAGGCCUAUGUUAGCCCGGCGGUCGCACGGUACCUCUGUCUCAACUACCUCAGUGCAGAUUGGGGGCCACGGUCAAGGGCACCACUCAACGGACCCAUGGGAUGACUGGACGAAGUGACCAACUAGCAGCAUGAGAAGCAUUUGACCCAAACAUGACAAUUCCUGGACCUUUGGCAGCUAGCCUUUCAUAUACUGACCUAGCCUUAUUGCUGCUGUAAGUAGUAAUGCAGUAUUUUGUUGUUCAUAUGUGGACCAUAGGAUCUGUUUUGGAUGUAUUUUCAUUUAUAUAGGUUAAAAAAAAGUGCUAAUAAUUGAAAUAAAGAAAGCAUUACAGCAGUGGGGUCUGACAUUUCAAUCAGUCCACCUGAACUUCAACAUUCUCGCUGUUACUUUGUAUGUGGACUUUUUUUCUGUUCAGUGUCGUUUCUUUUUACAAUUCUAUCAAUGGAGUGAGUCGCCCCCCCCCCCUGUCAAAUCCAUGUUCUGUCAUAUCCAAAUCAAUUUGCUUUGUUACACUUACAUAUUUUCAUACUUGCCCAGAUAACCAGUAAGAUACAAACAUAUUAAUUCCAUGUGUAGUUGGUCAGAUGCCUCCUCAUCGAGCUUUCAUGUAACCGACUACAGAAAAGUACCUGAGCCGUUAACGCUUGAAUCCUUAGUUGAAACUAUACCAAAAGUGGUCACUCCGCCUGUUUUUGGUAAAAAGCUGAGGGAUGGGCCUGGAGAAAUGUAACCACUCUCAGAUUGACAUCAAUGACUGACUAUCCAUGAUAUCAGAAUUGUGGUUUUACCCAUGUUUUGAGACCAUACCGUGCUUUACAUUUACAUUGUUUACAAACAUAGAACAUGUUUAUAUUCAGAUGGGGUACGAGAGUUGAACUAAGCUCAUUAGGCGUUUAAGUUAUUAUUCAAGAUUAGAUGGGUAUAUAUCAUUCAUUUAAGUCAGAAAAUGGAUGUAGCAACUAAGGAUUCUAGCUUUAACUGUACAUUUAACAGAAGAAAAUAGCUGUUUAAAACCAGACCAGAUCUGCACUUGGUAAAAUGUUAAUUUUUUUCUCUCGUUAUCCUUGGCUGUGGUGACUUUGGUGUGUGGACAGACCCUUUGCUUGAUUAUUUAAUUCUGUUCCGACAACCUGACGAGUCUGUCUUCAGAUUGUAUAUGUUCCAAACUAAAGAAGAUACAAGUGAUGGAUAUUUGUUCCGCUUCAGUGGAUAAAUGCUUUUUUUAUUUUAUAUAAAUUAAUUUAAAACCUUU